UCAUUUUUAUCCAUUGUUUUUAUUUUCUAAGGAAAAAAAUAAAAUCUGUUCUUCUUCUUCGGCUGAGAGACAAUGGCGGAGGAGCAAAAGACGAGUAAGGCUGACGUAGAAUCUCCGGCGGUUUUAUCUCCGGCAACGGAACCGACUCCUGCUCCGGUGGAAGUCGCGGAUGAGAAAAUUCAUAAUCCACCUCCCGUUGAGUCCAAAGCUCUGGCCGUUGUAGAAAAACCCAUCGAGGAGCAUACACCGAAGAAAACUUCAUCUGGUUCGGCCGAUAGAGAUGUGAUACUUGCCGACUUGGAAAAGGAGAAGAAAACGUCAUUCAUCAAAGCAUGGGAAGAGAGUGAGAAGUCAAAGGCUGAGAAUAGGGCACAAAAGAAGAUCUCUGAUGUGCAUGCUUGGGAGAAUACCAAGAAAGCAGCCGUAGAAGCUCAACUCAGGAAGAUCGAAGAAAAACUAGACAAGAAAAAAGCGCAGUACGGUGAGAAAAUGAAGAACAAAGUAGCUGCAAUCCACAAGUUAGCAGAAGAGAAGAGAGCAAUGGUUGAAGCUAAAAAAGGAGAAGAGCUUCUCAAAGCUGAAGAAAUGGGUGCUAAGUAUAGAGCCACUGGUGUAGUACCAAAGGCAACUUGUGGAUGUUUCUAAGUCUUUAUUGAAUUUGUUUCUCAGGUCAAUGUUUGUAACAAUUCAUCUCUGUUUUUUUUUUUUUUUUUUUUGUGUGAUUCAACAAGUUUUUAUAGUUUUUGGUUAUUUGUUUGGUUGUUUGUGUCUUGUUUACAUAUUGGGUGCUUUUGUGUAAAAACAACAUUGAAGUGAAAGAUUUUAUGGAGUAUAAUUGUAUGAAGCAUCAAUCAUGUUUUGCUUUUUGUUUCAGUUACACGAUUACGAUUUCACA